GAUGUUAAAAAUUUCCGUCACCGUUUUGUACAAUUUCAGUUUAGGGUUGUUGACCUUUUUCCUUGGCAAAGGCUCUUUCCGAUCGGGGGUUUCAAUUUCAAUUUUCCGUUUCAAGGGGUCUAAUCGCCAUGUUCGGGCACAGAGGGGCAAUGUUUGGGAGCGGGGGGGUUUCGGACGGGUACGAGAUCGGCUCAAAGAGACCAAGAAUGAUGGAAUCAAGUCCCUACUUCGCAGUGAGCAGUGGUUCAGGUGGCUACCAACCUUAUGGCCGUGGCAGUAGAUAUCAGCCUUCUGCCUUUCCCGUGGUUCGUUUAAGGGGUCUCCCUUUCAAUUGCUCAGAUACUGACAUCUUCAAGUUCUUUGCUGGCCUAGACAUUGUUGACGUUUUUUUGGUAAACAAGGAUGGGCGAUUCUCUGGAGAAGCUUUUGUGGUCUUUGCAGGACCUAUGCAGGCGGAUCUUGCUCUUCAGAGAGAUCGACAAAACAUGGGAAGGAGAUAUGUAGAAGUUUUUAGGUGCAAGAAGCAGGAGUAUUAUCAUGCUAUAGCUGCUGAGGUGAAUGAAGGAUGUUAUGGCAGCAUUGACCACCGUGGAACCUCACCACCGGCUCGACGGAAGAGGUCUCCGGACAAAGAUAACAUGGAGUAUACGGAGGUCUUGAAGUUGCGUGGCCUCCCUUACUCGGUUAAAAAAUCAGACAUCGUGAAAUUUUUUGGAGACUUUAAUGUGAAGGAUGACAAGAUCUGCAUUGCAUGCCGGUCUGAUGGGAAAGCUACUGGAGAUGCAUAUGUAGAGUUUGCCUCAGCUGAAGAAGCUAAGAAAGCCAUGUGCAAGGACAAGAUGUUGAUUGGAUCUCGGUAUGUGGAACUCUUUCCUUCCACACCAGGUGAAGCAAGAACGGCAGCAUCAAGAUCACGCCAUUAAUGAGGCGUUACUUUGAUGGAAGGAGUUUCCAUCUAAAAUUCCUGCCCUCUCUUCCCAUCAUGGUACAAGUCUUUAACUCUCACUGAAUUUUGCAUCUAUGGUAUUUGCUUUGGUGCAACCGUUCAAAGGGUGGGAUUGUGAACUUAAUUUUUCUUCUGGAACUUCUUUUGAGGUACUACUGUGGCGUUAAAUAUUAUGCUGAAGUCCUGUUUCUUGGUUUAGGAAAGUGUAUUUGACAUAUUCAAUUUAUCCACUGUUCUGCAUUUACCUGUCCUCUUUAUUCA